AUGUGGUUGUGGAGGGAAAAGACUCAUCAGUACGCCUUGGUUACUGAUGCUGGCUCGACUGCCACCGCGGCCCAGAUGGGGCAUCGCAUCAGACUAUGGGCCUAUCUGUCAACUAUACUCAACAUCGUGCUCGUGAUAGGUAUAGCUAUCAUCGCAGCCCUACAAUGGGAUCGAUAUCAGUCUCCUCUGCCUCCCUGGCCAUCGACCGUAUACUCCCCCGCCCAGCACAUUGUCAGAUAUGAGACAGUGAUGUUUAACCAAGGAUUCGAUCGCAACGCUUCCAUAUACCUCGGUCCUCCUAACGAUGAAUCCGACGCAGCAUGGGAAGCCCUGUGGGAACCUACCCUCUUUGCCCAAAUCCCGCGUCGUCAGGCAGUUCGGAUCCCCGAGAAUUCGAUCCCAGUAGCCCACACCGAUACAGCCAUAGUGGGCCUCGAUAUCUUCCACCAACUGCACUGUCUCAAUGCGUUGCGGAAGAACCUGCGACCGGAUCGCUAUGCCGGGAAAGCAGACACGUCCAAGGUCAAAGACGUUGCGGCUGGCAUUGAGCAUCUGGAUCAUUGCGUGGAAAGCUUACGGCAGAGCCUGAUUUGCAAUGCGGAUCUCAGUCCGGUGAGGUGGGAGUGGACGGAGGAGAAGGGGUGGGCAACGACGGCCACGGCGCAUAUAUGUCGCGAUUGGCAUAGGAUUACUGAAUGGGCGGCGGCGCAUAAAUUGACUCAUCAUUUGGAUGGGAAGCCCAUUAUGGAGAGUUGA